AUGCUUUCAGGAAUUUUCAAAAGUUUUGCUUGUCAACUCUACUUUUGACCGACAAGGGUUCCGGGAAAUCUAACCUGCGGCCAGCGCUCCAAUCAUUCUUCCCCUUGUUAAAAGCCACGUUGUCCGAGGAUGCGUUGCCUGCCCAAGAGUGGCAGAUGAAUGUUGUCGACAAAGUGCUUGAGGCGACGGACCAAAUUGAUGCGAAGCAGAUCGCAC